AUGUUUAGCUUGAACAAAUCUUUGGCUCAAUUAAAAUCGGCACUUGUUGAUGCUAAAUUGGCCAAAAAGGAUGUGCCUGCGAUUGGUGAAGAAUCAACAAAAUCCGACCAACAACAGAAAGUUGCUCCAAAGAGGAAACGCGGAGUCCAGAAUGGCAAAGGAAAAAGCAUCUCAAGUUCUGGUAACCAAUCGAAAAAAGGCGUUGUUAUGAUCAAGAAUUUUCCACAUGGAUUUUAUGAGAAGUCAAUGUUUCAGUACUUUUCUCAGUUUGGCGAAGUCACUCGUCUCAAAAUUGCUCGAAGCAAAAAGACCGGAAACCCCAAAAACUACGGUUUUAUUGAGUUUCAGUUUGAAGAUGUCGCUAAAAUUGCUGCCGACACAAUGAACAACUAUCUUAUGUUUGAUCACAUCAUUAAGUGCACACUGCUACCUGAGGAGAAAAUUCCAAAAAACCUCUUUCAGAACUGGAAUCGACCAUUUGUUAGCACGGUCAAAACUCACAAGGUCAUUCACAAUCGUAGCAAAACUGAUUCUAAGGAGUACAAACUAAUGGUCAGCCGAUUGAAGCGAGUGCACACAAUGGAAAAGAAACUAGCCGAAAAGGGCAUCACAUUCAAAUGUGUCAUCGCUAAUCGACCCACUGGACUGAGCAAACCGAUAAAGGCUGAUACUAAAUCCAAUCAAACCGUCAGCAAAGUUGUUAGCAAGCCUUCCAAGACAAUGAAGGAGAUUGUUCUCAAGUCAACGCCAAUCGCACGCAGACCUGUCACUCGACGAAAUGUAGCAUCUAGCUUUAAAGUUGAACCACUCUGA